ACCAACAACAACAAAAAAAACCUCAAGUUAUGGCAAUGCAAUUACAUUAUUCUUUUCUCUUAGGCAUACUGCUACUAAUUGGCUUUGCUUUGACAAAUAGCGAAGCUGAUAUUAGAGCUCCACCCACACAUUUUGACACUGCUUCUCUCAAUAGGAGCAGUUUUCCAGAAGGGUUCAUAUUUGGUGUAGGUUCUGGAUCUUACCAAUAUGAAGGUGCUGCAAAAGAAGGUGGUAGAGGACCAAGCAUUUGGGAUACCUUCACCCACAAAUAUCCAGAAAAGAUUAACGAUAGCAGCAAUGGAGAUAUCACUGUUGAUCAAUAUCACCGCUAUAAGGUUCAUGACCCAAUAUGCACAUAUUAA